AUGAAACAUGGGUUUAUGGAGGAUUGUAGGAGAUGUAUAGGGUUAGAUGGAUGUUUUUUAAAGGGUGUUUGUAAAGGGCAACUGUUGGCAGCAGUAGCAAAGGAUGUGAAUAACGAAAUGUUCCCAAUAGCUUGGGUUGUUGUAGGCACUGGAAAAAAAAAGCAAACAUGGAAUUGGUUCCUCAGGCUAUUGCAAACUGAUUUGAACUUGGGAGAUGACAGGGAACUCACCAUGAUAAGUGACAUGCAAAAGUUUAAGUAUUACUGUUUCUCUGUUUUUAUGCCGGGUCUAUGUUCAGCUGUUGAAGAGAUUUUACCUGAAUGUGAGCACAGAAUGUGUGCUAGACACAUUCUGGCAAACUGGGCUAUAAAAUGGAGAGGGAUUGAAAGGAGAAAAAGAUUCUGGAGUGUUGUUAGAUCAACAUUUGAGUCUGAAAUGAAAAGAAAACUAGAUGAUCUUGAUAAAUUGGGUCAUAACAUUUGUGAAAACCUAGUUAAAUACAACAAAGAAAGAUGGUGCGAAGCAUUCUUUCAAACAUUCUCCAAGUGUGACAGUGGUGACAAUAACAUGUGCGAAAGCUUCAAUGCUUGGAUAUUGGGCCCUAGACACAAGACAAUCAUAUCAAUGCUAGAGGAAAUAAGGGUCAAAGUUAUGAUUAGGGUAGCAAAAAUGAGAGAAUUUGCUGAAACUUGGCAGGAUGGUGUAUCUCCAAUGGCCAUGAUAGUGUUCAAUACUAAUGUUAAGAGGUCAAUGAGGGUUGAAUUCAUGUUUAAUGGAGAUACUGGAUUUGAACUCAAAGAUGGUCCAUGCAAGUUCAUUGUAGAUUUAAGAACAGGUUAUUGCAGUUGCAAGUCUUGGGAACUUAAAGGCAUUCCAUGUCCACAUGCUGUAACAACAAUUUACUUCAAGAGACUUGAUCCUUCAGAGCAUAUUGUACACUGGUACAGGAAAGAGACCUAUAUGAAGGCAUAUUCACACUUCAUACAACCAGUUCCCAACAUGAUAAUGUGGCCAGAAAGUAGUANAUUUGAAAUGGAAAGGGAAGGAAGUUGUGACUCAAAGACAACUUCAAGUCCAAGCUGCAAUGGCUAG